GGUAGGGCGCGCAAGCGCAGUGGAGCGGCCGCGUGGGGGCAGAAGGCGGCGCUGGGCCAGAGAGGCCGGCAGCGGGGUAUUCCCGGGCGGCGAGAGCGAUGGAAUUGUCCAUUCAACCCUUAGAGCUUCUUGGAUGUAUAUUUACUAUGGAACUUUUCGCAUAUUGUGUUGAUUUUGUGGUUGUAAAGCUGGUGUGAUCCAUUGCCAAUAGCACUUAUAAUGGAAGUGGAUCUCUGAGGAUCACUACAAGAGAGGUUGUGAUUCAUACUCUAAACCCGGAGGGCAGUACUUGGUGCUGACCAGGAAGUGGCAUGAAAAGCCAUCUCUGGCACUGGAGUCUCCAGAGUACCUGGCCUCUGAGUGAGAGUGUUGUGGAGGAGGAAAUAUCUUUGGGAUUUGCCAUGGCUUUCUGUGCUGGGCUCUGGGGCCCCUUCACCCAUGCAAGCAGAGCGCUCAGCCAGCGCAGUUUCAGCACCACCGGGAGCCUCAGUGCAAUUCAGAAGAUGACGCGGGUCCGUGUGGUGGACAACAGUGCCCUGGGGAAUACCCCAUACCAUCGCCCUCCUCGUUGCAUCCACGUCUAUAACAAGAACGGGGUGGGCAAGGUGGGCGACCGGAUACUGCUGGCCAUCAAGGGACAGAAGAAAAAGGCACUCAUUGUGGGGCAUCGCAUGCCCGGUCCCCGGAUGACCCCCAGGUUUGACUCCAACAAUGUGGUCCUCAUUGAGGACAAUGGGAACCCUGUGGGGACCCGAAUUAAGACACCCAUCCCCACCAGCCUACGCCAGAGGGAAGGUGAAUUUUCCAAGGUCCUGGCCAUUGCUCAGAACUUUGUGUGAUCAGGCCUCAGGCCGCUGGCUGCGGUGGGACUCAUGGGAGGGAACUUGGGGCCCCAUGGCUGGGGAACAGUGUCCUGUGAAAAAAUAAACCUUUUCAUGUA